AUGUCACUCAGAGUCGCCUACAUUCCAGAACACUUUUCCACCCCCUUGUUCUUCGCCAUUCAGCAGAAGUACUUCAGUUUCAACAUUGAAUUGACUCCCGUCAUUGAAGGGUCAGGAAGACUCAUCAACUUGUUGAACGCCAACGAGGUAGACAUCGCAAUUGGCUUGACGGAAGCGUUCGUUGCCGACAUCGCCAAGGGGAACGAGCCAUCGUACAAGCUUGUCGAUACCUAUGUUGAGUCUCCUUUGUGUUGGGCCAUCAGCACUGGCUUCAACCGCGAGAACUUGACUAGCGCCAGCCAGUUGGAAGGCAAGACCAUCGGGGUGUCCAGAAUUGGAUCUGGGUCCUACGUGAUGAGUUUCGUGUUGGCCCAUGACUUAAAGUUCCAAAAGCCGUUUGCAGGCUACCCUACUCUUUCUAACUUCAAGAACUUGAGAGACUCAGUCAACUUGAAGUACACCGAAGAACCAGAAAAGAACAGUGAUGCGUUCAUGUGGGAGCAUUUCACGUCCAAGAAAUACUACGACAACAAUGAGAUCAAGAAGAUCGGGGAAAUCUAUACUCCAUGGCCUUCAUGGGUUAUCAACAGUAACGCUCAAUUGUUGGAGUCCAAGCCCGAGAUGAUCAAGGAGUUUGUGGCGGGUUUAAACAAGGGUAUCGAAUACUUCAACAAUAACCACGAAGAAGCCAUUGAAUUUAUCAGCAAUAAUCUUGACUACUCCGCCGAAGACGCCAGAGAAUGGAUCAAGACCGUAAAGUUCAACAAGAACGUGGGAAAGGCUGCUCUUGACUGGGAAAGAGUGGUUACCAAGACCAGCAAGGUCUUGAAAUUAGCUGGUGUCUUACAGGACUCCGAUGAGCUCAUUGAAAAGAGAUUGAAUGAAGGAAUUGUCAGACAACUUUAA